UUGACAUUCCAUAAUAACGAAUUCGAUUUAAGAUUGUAAUUUUGACACUACGAAGUAGCCCUCCAUCAACCGGGGAAUUAUUUCGCAGUUUGCCAUGACGGAUGAAGUGGAAAGAGCUCACGUUUUAACAGUUUUCUUAUGGGUGUUAUGAAAUCAAAACAACAAAAUUCUGAGACUAAAUCGAACGAGGAGAAAACAAAACGUAACAUGGUUAAAAGAUUAAGUCUGAAAAGUUUUAGAAAAGAAUACGAGCUGAAACCUUUCAGGAGUUUUAUCGUUCGGUUCGCAGGGAAAGUAGAGAGAAAAAACCCAGGCGGCGAAAACAUCGACGAAUGUCUGAAGAAAUUGUACAGGAAAGUGCAAGAUAAUAUUAAUGGAUUACCACGAGUUUGUAUGGAAAUUAGCUCUGCAGAUGUUAAGAUUCGAUGGAUUCAAGGUGAAAGCGAAGAUCAAGAAGAAAUAGAAGUGCCAUUUACUCGAGUGUCUUUCAUUGUGGCCGAUAAAAAACACCAACUUUUCGCUUUCAAUGACUUCGUUUCCCAGAAACCGAAAAAAGUUGAGUGUUAUGCUUUCAUUUGCACUGAGUCGGAGAAGUCUGAUGUAGUAGCGAACGCUUUCUCAGAAGCGUUCAAAGAAGUCCAUGAAAGGCCAAGGAGAGGGUCAGGCCACGACGCAAAUUCAAAAGCUUGAGAGGAAGUAUUAGGACUUGCAGUUGACAAAAGAGAUUAGGACUUAGUCUAGUUUGCAAGAAGCGCUGUUAAGAGAGCAUGUUUUGGUUCGCUUGUGAAAGCGUGAAUUUGCACAAGGAAACAAAACAAUUCCGUACACAAACUGGUAAUUAAUUGCACUCAAGCCAUGAUCACUCAGUUGAUCUUAAAAAGAAGCAAGAAAAGGCAUAAACAUUUUUUCUGUGAAUAUUUAAUAGAAAAACCUUGGUAGCCUGUGUUUUGUUGAGUUUGAGUUUUUUUUCUGAAAGGUUAGAAUUGCAUAAACAGCUCUUGGACACACAAGACAUAGUAAUUUAUUCAAAAAGUUUAAACGAAAAACACGACCAUCACACGGGACUAUGAGUGGCUUUAAGGAAGAGAUAAACUUCCUUAACGCGCUGGGUAGACUACUUCAGAAAACAUUUUAUCAUUAAAUGAGCGUCCUCAGAGAAAGGAAAUCGCUGUAGACUAACAAUGAGUACAUUAGAAGUGAACGAAAUAUUGUACGUAAGUAAUUUGCACAAGACUUGUUGAUUGACAAAGAUCCUUGACAUUUUCACCUUCUUCGGUCAUCAAGAUAUUUUGAUAGAGACAAAGUGGACUGUAUUUAGUAAAAGAUUUGCGAAUAUGUUCAACUGAUACCGAGAAGACUCUCAAAAUUUUUCUGUUGUAGCCACGCAUGUCCGAGAAAAGAAAGACAAAGAGGGUCUUGAGGAAGUAGUUGUUUGUGACUUCCUUAAAAUCUGGAGCUGAAAUAAGGAUUCUUUGAGUUUUCGCUCUCAUAUCAUUAAACAGUGAUUCUGUUUUAA